GCUCCCUCCACCGACCCGGUUCAGCUGCUGCUGCUGCUGCUGCUUUGCCAGUGCCAGAGCCCUCCCUGGGCACUGUAACCUCGGCAUCCUCGGAGCAUCCAGCAGCUGACAGACACUUGCAGCCCUCUCAUUAAUGUCUUUCUUUUUCUCCAAGUGGCUGACUUCUGUUUUUCAACGCUACUGUUUUCCAUCUCUCCGCUUAAAUACUGAAAUUGACAAUGUGUCCUUUCUCUGAGUGCUGGUGCCUUGUGAAGUGGAAGUGACAAGAGAAGCUUUUCCAUCCCUACUUGUUUCUGGAACCAGUUUUCUAAGAACCCAAAGAAGAGAAACUAAUGCAUGUUGAUAAGCUCUCAGGAUGCUGAGGCAGGUAUCUUCUUGAAGUAUGGAAUUUGUAUGGAAACGAUGGUGGUAUCUUCAGCUGGGCUGUAUAUUGAUAGUGAAUUUGGUUUAUGCCAAUCUAGAAUAUCAAAAAGAAACUCCUCCAAGCCUGCGUGAGAUUGACCAUCAGUGCUGGGAGGUAUCAUCCCAUGGGCUGGUGGAAAUGAAGAAACUCAAGGUAGCAGAUACAGUCAUUGCUCUCUGGGACUUCAUGAUGUUCCUAAAGGAAUCCCCUAGGCCCAAGCACAAUGAACUCUUCAACGAUUUAGCCCAGAACUUCUGGGAUAUGUAUGUGGACUGUGUGCUCUCAAGGUCCCAUGGAAUGGGCAGAAGACAAUUAACAUCUCCCAAAUAUUCUUCCACAUACUCACACAGAACUUUAGAAGGAUCUGCUUUCACCAAUCCAUUUUAGGCCAAAAGGGGAGAAAAUGAAGAUAUUUAAACAAGGCAGCAUCAAAAUGAAAGAG